AGAGAGAGAGAGAGAGAGAGAGAGAGAGAGAGAGAGAGAGAGAGAAAUUCGCCGCCGCCGCCGCCGCCGCAAUGCAGCGCCUCUCCCUGGGCUCGCCGGGCGGGAGGCCCUCCCGCGUGAGCGCGGCGGCCGAGGAGGAGGCGGGGCCGGCGGACGAGAAGGCGGCGAAGGCGGCGGUGGCGAGGGCCCCGGCGGCGCCGGACAGGUCCAUCCACCUGGUCCCCGUCCUCACGCUGCUCUGCUUCCUCGUCCUCUUCCUCCUCUCCCACGACCCCUCCUCCGCCGCCGCCACCCGCACCGAUUCGCCCGUGCUGGCCGCGGCCGCCACCGUCACCGCGCGCUCCCUCGAUGUCGCCGCCGCAGGCGCAGCCGAGGCGACGACGGCGUCCAGUGGCGUGUACCGGCGGCUGAAGCAGUCCCGCGUGCGGAGGCUGGGGAUGGCGCGGCGGAUGCUGUGACGCCAGCGCAGGAGGCGCGAAGCUAGCCGUUGGACGCCGACGACGCAGCGAAGGGAGGAGCGUCACUUUGCUUUUUGCCUUCGUGCCAUUCUUCCUUUUGUUUUUGUCUGGUUCGCUUUUUCCGGCGGCAGCUGCGUUCGGUGGAGAUGGCUGCAGCGAGCGAGUGCAUGCAUAUGGGCAGCCGUUCGGCUCCAGCAGCUUGCUGUUUUGGGCGUGCAGCUGCAGCAUAAGCGCUGCAAAAAAAUCAGAAACGAACAGGCUGGAAAAAAGUCAGAAAUGGUAGUGCACAGCGCAGGCUUCGUCGUCCCGUGUAGGAUUGUGUGUGGAUUGGGGUUCUAGAGUUCAAGCCCGAGAGAUUAAAAAAAAGAAGAGAAAUGGUUUCCACAAAUCAUCGCCAGAAUCAUAUGUUCAUACUCCGCCUUUGUUUUGUUCCCCCUGCGUCUGGCAUUUUUGUUAUGAUGAGUAGUGCGCCUUUUCUUC